AUGGAUCCUUCAAGCGUCAAAACCGAAGCACAUGAUGAUAUUCAACAUGCACCCAUCCGGACGGACAUCGAAAAGACAGUCCCCGACUGUGAAGAGUAUGCGCCGCCCGGCAAACACGACCACCCCGUUCCCUUGGCAGCGUUUGAUCCAGAGCUGGAGAAACGGGUGCUGAGGAAGCUGGACUGGCAUGUGCCGACAUUGAUGGCAUUUUUUUACUUGCUGGCCUUCUUAGACCGAAGUAACAUUGGGAAUGCCAAAAUCGCCGGCAUGGCGGAGGACCUCCAUUUGACUGGCGAUCGCUAUUCCUGGCUUUUGACAAUUUUUUACAUCUCAUACACGCUAUUUGAAUUUCAGGCUUUGAUGUGGAAAAUCGUGAAGCCGCAUAAGUGGGCUACCUUUCUGAUCUUUUCGUGGGGAUUGAUUGCAUCGUGUCAAGCCGCGACGACCAAUUGGCAAGGCAUGAUGGCUCUCCGUUUUCUGAUGGGUAUCUUUGAAGCCGGGUUUGGGCCGGGUGUGCCGUAUCUGCUUUCUUUCUUCUAUCGUCGCCAUGAGCUUGGUCUCCGCUGUGGCUUGUUCCUGUCAGCUGCACCACUUGCGAAUACUUUCGCAGGAGCCUUGGCGUAUGGGAUCACGUCUGGAAAUGCAGCCCUAGCCAAUUGGCGGCUUCUUUUCUUGGUCGAAGGUGUUCCCGUCUGCGCCGCUGCCAUCUUGGCGUGGUUCUUCGUUCCGGAUACACCUUCGUCAGCCAGAUUUUUGACGGAUGAAGAAAAAGACGUCGCGCGCGCGCGAGCUCUGCAACAAUCAGGCGAGGUGGAGCGGGAUAACAAGGUCCAGUGGAAGGAAUUACUCGCAACCCUUUUGGAUGUCAAGGCGUGGUUCACCGCGCUCAUGUAUUUCAGCUGCAAUGUGAGCUUUUCGUCACUGCCGGUAUUCCUGCCCACCAUCCUUAAGGAAAUGGGCUUCACCGCCAUCAAUGCACAGGGUCUGACGGCUCCGCCCUUCUUCGCAUCUUUCCUCUGCACGAUUGUGACGACAUGGAUAGCAGAUCGCAUCCAACAGCGUGGGUUGAUGAUUGCAGGCUUAUCAGCGAUCGGGGGUAUCGGCUACGUUCUGCUCGCAACAUGCGAAUCAGUGGGAGUUCGGUACUUCGGCGUCUUUUUAGCGGCUUGUGGAAUUUUCCCUUCUAUUGCAAAUAUCCUGCCUUGGGUCUUGAAUAAUCAAGGAUCUGAUACUCGCCGUGGUGGCGGUAUUAUCCUGCUGAAUCUCAUAGGACAGUGCGGUCCGUUUCUCGGGACCAACAUAUUCCCGGACUCCGGGGCUCCGCGGUAUAUUAAGGGCAUGUCCAUUUGCGCCGCUUUUAUGUUCUUCACCACUGUUCUCGCUCUAUGUUUACGACUGCUGUUGGUUUAUGAAAAUCGAAAACUGGACAAGAAAUUCGGCCCGAAACUAGACGCCGGUCCAGCCAAGGGCGGAGAAAUCGCGGCAGAGGAUAACUAUGGCGCUGGUUUCCGAUAUGUGCUUUAG